UUUAUGAUCAGGCGCAUCGCAAACAUCCUGCAUCCGGUUUAGAGCGGAAGUGAGGUCCUAACAGCGCGGAUUAGUAAGCAACUGCUAAUACGCUAGCUCAGUUGUUUAAUUGAGAUUUUAUUGAAAAGUAUCAAAUAUGUCCGGAAGAGAAGGUGGUAAGAAGAAGCCUUUAAAAGCUGCCAAGAAAGCGACUAAGGAGAUGGAUGAUGAUGAAAUGGCCUUCAAACAGAAGCAGAAAGAAGACCAGAAAGCCUUGGAGGCGUUGAAGACGAAAGCAGCAGGAAAAGGACCUUUGACUGGUGGCGGAAUCAAGAAGUCUGGAAAGAAGUGAUUUGGCGUUAGAAGAUCGUGCACUCAUUUGCUGAAUCACAGCCCCCCCACCCCCAUAUUUUUUUUUCUUGUUUGGGUCCAUUGAAGAAAAUUGAGUCAAAUACAUGAAAUGACCCUUUUUAAAAAUAAUUUCCAGUGUGUUCUUGUAAAGGAAAAAGUUCUGUACUAUUAAAGUCUUGUAACUAC